ACACCAUGCCUUUUGGGCUCAAGAACCCUAGUCACAUGGCUUAUAUAUAGUACAAUAAAACCUGUACCAGUAAGCUUAAGCACCCACGGAUCGCGUGGGCCUGGCCGCUGGAAAACUUGAAAUCCAGGCGCAAGCUUAAGCACCCACGGAUCCAGCAAUGGCGCCAGCACCACAGCAAGAAGCUUCUCGGAAGCUCAACGUAGUGGAGAGCGCCGUCGUAGCGCCCUGGCCGAUCCCUCCGGUGCCGGAGACCUCCCUCCCGCUCACCUUCUUCGAUGUCUUCUGGCUCAACUUCCCGCCGGUGGAGCGCGUCUUUUUCUACCACCUCGUCCCCGGCCCCGGCGCCGCCACUACCGCCACCAUCCUCUCCAACCUCAAGACCUCACUCGCCCAAGCCCUCCGCGCCUUCUACCCGCUCGCCGGCCGCCUGCGCCUCAGGCCCGGCACCACCGACCGCCACGAGCUCCACUACCAGCCCGGUGACGGCGUCACCUUCACCGUCGCCAUGUACGACCUCGACGUCGACGAGCUGGCCCUGGACGAGCCGAGGGAGGUCGCCAAGAUCGCACAGCUCGUGCCGCCUCUCCCGGACGGCGGCGCGGUGCUCGCCCUGCAAGCCACCGUGCUGCGCGGCGGCCGCGGCCUCUCCGUCGGCAUGGCCCUGCAUCACGCUGCCUGCGACGGGGCGUGCUCCACCCAUUUCCUCCACACCUGGGCGGCGGCCAGCGCCGGCGCCGUCGCGCCGGCGCCCCCUGUCAUUGACAGAACUCUCGUCAAGGACCCAAGUGGUCUUUGCGACGCCUUCAUUAGAGCCAUGGCGAGUACCGAGAAGAAGGAUUACGUCAAGAUGCCCGGCGAUAAGCUCCUCGCCACCUUCACUCUGUCCAUAGAAGACAUACAACGCAUCAAGGACGUCGUCCUGCUCGCCGCGGCUGGCAAGGCGGGCGCGCCGCCGCGAUGCUCCUCGCUGGUUGCCACCUUCGGCUUCAUCUGGUCAUGCCACCAGCGGGCUAAAGAUGACAAAGCAAGUAACGGAGGCGGCGGCGACCCGACCUACUUCAUCUUCCCCGUCGACCACCGCUCGCGGAUGGAGCCUGCUCCCAUUCCGGACGAGUACCUCGGCAACUGCGUCGGCGCCGCCCUGCAGGGCGCGCCCAAGGACCGACUCGCCAUGCCCGGCGCUGUUGGCCUCGUCACCGCGUGCACGGCGGUUGCUGCGGCGAUCGAGCAGGCGGUGGGCGUCGGCAGCAUUCGGUCACCGGAGCUGUGGUGGGAGCGGAUAAGGGAGGCCAUAUUAUCCGGCGGCGGCGUGCUGACCGUGGCAGGGUCGCCGAAGUUCCGGGUCUACGACGUCGACUUUGGGUUCGGGCAGCCGGCCAAAGUGGAGAUCGUAUCCGUGGCGAGGACUGGCGCCCUGGCGGUGGCGGAGAGCCGCCGGAGCAGCGGCGGAAUUGAGGUGGGCAUAUCUCUGCCAGCGGAUGCCAUGCGGAGGUUCCAAUGCUGCUUCCACGAUGCCAUCGCGUGGCUGCAGUGCACAACACCAUCGAGUGGUCGAUUAAUGCACACUUCGAUGCCUAUGGGUGCACGUGAUGGAGUGGACUGGUCACUAGAGCGCACAUGCAGCAGCAUCAACAUGCCCAUACCGUAUCUACACCACCCUGUUUGGUAAGUGUACUAGAAAAUAUGCCCGUGCGUUGCAACGGAGGAAAACAACCCCCACACGCCUUUGCCCAUUGAAUAUGUCUAAAGGCCUCACCUUUAUGCUCCUAACAUAAUAAACAUGACUAAUAUCUCACCCUCAUGUCCACAUCCUUCAUUUCGAUAUGACAUCACACCCAUGUUCCCGCUUGUCCUCUUUGUCGUCCUCAUCGCAAGUGGUCACGGUACCAGUUAUCAGUAACCAAUGAUGGCCAGGUCCAAUAGCUGCAUUGUUGAGCCUCCUUCAUGUCCUUCGAGAUAAAGACCGUUGAACACAGAUUUUUUUUUACAUUCGUCUAAUAUAAUAUGGAAAAGGCACUACACCUAAUAUAUGUCUGUGUUAUCAUGUAAAUUGAGUAGUUUGUGUUAGAUAGACCGUGAAUCCUUAGUUGGACUCCUCAUACGUUAUUGUGGGUGUCACUGAACCGAGCUAGGCUAGUCGUAUGUGAAGACCCGAUGGAGAAAAAGGUUCGUACCAUAUCCCUAGUUUAAUAAAUUGAACAAAAACAAUACAUCUGUGGGCAUUUUAUUUUCUUAAUCCUCAUAAUAAUGUUAUUAAAAAUUACAGUUUUUAUGAUUAAAUUCCUUUUAUGGGUAAUUUAUCGGCGCUUCCAAUACACAUUUCUCCUUUAGUACGUAGUCUCAUGAAUCCUUCUAACCCCCCACCAUGAAACCUUCCAUGUUACGUCUAGUUUUUUUAAGAAUAUGUCACGUCUAAUUCUUCCCUUCUUUUUUUAUUUCUAUGCCAUGACUCAUGUUUUGAAUUCCAGCACAUCAUCGUUUGGUCCACCAUAUAUCUUUCCGUGUCACGUGUAUGUUUGAAUUCCAGCCCAUCACCUAUUAAUAAUCCACCGUGUAUCUUCCUUCCAUCUCAGGUCUAAUUCUCCUCUUCCUAGCCCUCAAAAAAAAGUUCUCCUCUUCCUUUUUAUUUCUCUCUCUCCUAGUUCUUCAUUCCUUUGGCAGGUCUCAUGUCAUUUGACAUGUAGUUGUCUCAAAUAAAUUUCCCUCAUUUAUUUUUUUGUCACGUCGUUCCUUACCCUUGGCUUAUUGCUUCCCAAAUCAGCUCCUUGAUACCUUAAAACUCAAAAAGGUAUAUCUACUGGAGGGAUUAUCUGUAAGCAACCAAGUUGAGGCUAUUUAAUAGACAGAACA